UUUGGCAAUUCGCUGUCUGUUUUUUUCCGAAUUCACUGUUACGGAUUUCUACCAAAUAGAGAUGAUGAACAAGGUUAGGUAAUUGAAGUUAUACGUUGAAAUUUUGAAAUUUGAUUGACGUCAAUCGCAAUCGUGUUUACACCAUGAAUCGGACACUGAGUCGACUGGCUUUCGUUGGACGAGCAUUCGUGAAUAAUCACGGACGGCAGAAUGCGUUCGCUCAGGUCUGGCCUGCGUUCGCGUCUUCCUUUUCUCCAGAACUUCGCACUCACAUGAACGUGGAAAACCACAACGCUCAUAGCGUAAUGGUCAACGAUCCUGGGUAUCGUGCUACUGUCGUCAAUCCUGCCGCGCGCGCUGUCAACUGGCCAACAGCGAUUACUCCUCAGCAGUUUCACGCGCUCAUUGGCCAGGACUUUAGUAUUAGGACGGCUGACAAGGUGUGUAAUGACUUUACAGCAAUCAGCUCAUACGCUGGGGGCAGAGACUACCGGCUUGCUGAUUCAGUGUAUGAUGGUCUCCGGGACCGCCUGGUAGCCGUCCUGCCACAGAUGACUGACGAGCAGCUGCUGUCCGUGCUUGCUCUUAUACCACUGUGGGACACCAAAGAUGCCAAAGAUCCCGCUUACCAUCGUCUGUGGUCUGAGUUUGACCGACAGUGCAUUGAAAGGCACAGGCGUUGGACUCUUAACAAACUUUUACUAUUCAUGGACCACUGGUACUUGAUGAAGCUGUCUAGAUUAAGCAAUUUUGUGUGGAUGGGUGUCAGGAAGCUAGCGCGGAAGCCAUCUAGGUUGACUCCCAAGCAGUUAGUUCAGAUGAUGUUUUAUGCCAACACAAGUAGAAAGUUUUUACCAACAUUACCAAUGUAUGAUAUUGAACAAGAAAUAUGUUCUUAUUACAAUGACUUUAAUAUCAAAGAAUUGGGCAUAGUGUCUUUGGGAUUCUUUAAAACUCAGACACCUAUACGUAAUCAGCAGCUUGUAAAAAAUCUAUACAACUCAGUAAUUAAAGACAUUGUAAACAUUAACAGCAUAGAGUUGGCUGCAUUUUUAAAGAUAUUUAGAUAUUGCUCUAAGCAUCAACAUGCUGAUUUCAUGUACAAAUUAAUGGAUGUCUUAAUAAAUAAAGUUGAUGAAGUAAAAUUAGUAUGCUGUGUUCAUAUGGCUCUAUUGGGUACAAAUUUAUUAAUUAAACAUGAAGAUCUUUUGAAAAAAAUUUCGCAGCGCAUAGUUGAUGAAAUAUCUCUAGCAAGAAUUAAGGAUUUAGAAAGAAUAACUUUGGCUUUAACUAUGUUUAAUUAUAAUCCACAAACAACACCAUGUAUAUUCAAAAUGGUUGUUAACGAACUUCAGAGUGAUACAAGAAAUAUUGAAUUUGAAGAACACACUAGAUGUUAUAUUUACACUUUGUCAUACUUAGCUGUGAAUAAUAUUUAUCCUAAAGAUUGUAUUUCAAAAGCUUUAAAAAUUGAAACACUUCAUAAAUGUUUUGGUAAGUUACAAAAAAAUUAAAGUAUAUAAACAGUGUAACAGGAAGACCUGACAAAAAAAAAAUGAUGCUACUUAAACGUAUUAAAAAAUUUGUGAAAAUUAUAUGGCUUAUAAAUAAUUUAAGAUUGACUCUGUCAGGAAAUUCUCAAGUAUAAUAUUUUAAAAAAGUUAUGAUGUUCUAAACCAGUGGUUCUGGUUUUUUCAUUCACGUACCCCUUUACCACUCACCACUAUUUCACGUAACCCAAAUAUCAAUUUUGAAUAUAAAUAAUGAAAAAUAAUAAUUUUUAAGGAAAAUUUGGAAAUAUUUAUUUAUUUUAUUUA